CUUCCUAUCUCUUAUCUUCCCUUCUUGCCCCCUUUCCUCGCGCCAUAUUUUGUUGCAGCAGCACCUGACAUUAUUCUUUCGAUGUGUGCUGGCCAUAAUCUCACAGUUAGUAUAGGAAUAAGCGUGCGUAAAAUGAACCCUACCCCUUUAUGUAUUUUUGAAAACAAAAACACGGUGAUUUUUUUGUGAUAUCGUUUUAUUGAUGGUGUAAUUUGGGUGUUCCGUAUUCAUUCUAUCGUCUUCAAUAGUUUGAGUUGUUCCGGUUGUAAAGAAUCGAGUUGGUACAAAUGGACGACUAUAAUCCGACCGAAUUACGUUCACUAGCCGCGGAAUUUGCAUGUAUUCAAUUGGUGCACCAAUGGGCCAGCGGUGAAAUGCCAGCAAUCGAUAUUUGGAAAAAGGAAGAAGACGACGAUACGUGCCCGGAUCACGAAUGGUUUAUUCGGCAAAUGAAAGAAAUGCAGCUACCCGCCAGCCCAGUGAUCCCGAAUUUAGUUCGAGAUCAAAUCGAAUACCAUAUGACGUCGAUUUUGAAGCAGGUUACUGACUGGAUCCGUUACCAUCAUCGUAAAAAUUUCUUCCACGAUGAUCCGGCAUCUCCGUUGAAAGAAUACGUGCUUAAAUUGAUAUGGAAACCGAAUCGAUCGAUCGACUACGAAGCUACAGCGAAAAACGUUUUGAACAGCACAAAUUUCAACGGGAUGGAGAAGUAUAGAUUCGCUUGCACGUAUUGUUUCCCAGAAGAUGUGCGAAAUUUGAAAGAUAUGGCGAAGGUAGCGAUAGAUUGGUGUUUCGAAGAAGAACCUUUGCUGGUUUAUUGGAGUAAAUACUUGACCGAUCAGUUGCAUACGAUAACUUUACCGGCGAACGAUUCAAUCGAGGAGAUCAUGUUUGCUAAAGCUCUGAAUAAAUACGAUCUUUGGCAGCCCAUAAAGUACUUUUUUGGAAAAUUGAACUCCAGCGCUAGAUUAUCGCAGUGUGACAACGUUUUCUUGCACAAAGAAGGAAAAUAUCAAAAAGAACUGCUGGCUUUACUGAAUGAAUGCGAGAAAAGUUCCGUGUACCAGGCUAAUAUGGUACAAAUCAUUCAAAAUUAUUACCUGGUGUUGGACGACUUCGAAAGUGUUCGACUGAUUUAUAUCGAAAUGAAAGACAAGUGGAGUUUCGAGGAUUUGAGUCUAAUUAUCGAUGAAACGGCGUUCUGGUCGAUGGUAUCUCCUCGACUUUUCAACGCACUGACACCGUUUUUGAUCGAAAUUUGGAAGGAUGUCAGCGAUGAGGAUAAACGUCGUGUAAUCUCAACUGGCUUGCGAUCACGUAUCGCCAAAAAAUGGAACGAUUUGAUUAUGGAUCACGGGAAGUAUUAUUACAACAAUAGAAACCUAUUCCGCAAUCCUAUGGUGUUUAUUUGUGCCUUGGCUGAAGCGCACGAACCACUAAAUUUCCUUCAGUCGAAUUUUUAUUGGCUGGUUGUCUGGCAACCAGCGGCUUCUAUAAUUGAACUAAUCGACGAAUUUCAAUUCAAUGCCGAGGAUGUUGCGGAAUUAUAGAAGGAUUUGUAUCGUUUUGCUACUCCGGUAUUUUAGUUAUUUUGCCAUUUUGAUGCUAAUACGGAACUCAGCCUGGUGUUGUCGAAAAGGUAGUCGAUCGGUUGAAUUUUUGAAGUUGUUGGUAAUAUUGUAAAAUGUGUAGUUUUUUUGUCUGUGAUUAGUGUGAUUCUAAAUUUAAAAAAAAAAAAAAUUUAUAAGUAUCUUAACCAAUUCAAUUACCGUAGUAAAUUUGCGAUGUGUUUGCUGGAAGUGUGCUUUAUUUUUCAGAAUUUUUCAAUGAGUCGACUUACUGAAAUUAAUUUUAAAAACGUUAAAAUAUCAUUAAAAUCAUCGAAAUGCGAUAAAAUUUCAUUAAAUUUUACAUUCCAGAACGUCUUUAAAAACAAUAAAUGUCAAAAAACUAUGAAAAACUGUUCAACAUGUUUACAUUUUGCGAGAUUCAAUGAAACUUGAUAAAAAAAAACUGCACAAAUCAUAGUUAGGUAAACAUCAGAAUUUAGCGAAAUUUGGCGAAAAUCUGAUAAAACAUCAUUAAAACAUGUGAAAAUAUCACAAAACAAGCAGUAAAAUAAUUUUCAGAUUACCUACCUAUCAAAAAACUCGUAAAAUUUAAAAAAAUUGACACAAAUUGCUUACCUAAAUCGUGGAUAACAAAAACUUACGGAAAUCAUUUAAAAACGUAAGUAAUAUCAUUAAAAUCAUUGAAAAUCAUCAAAAUCUGAUGAAAUAUCUUCAAAAUUUACAAACCAGAACGACUUCAAAAAUAUGCAUACUUACUAAAAUUUUCAGUAAAGCUCAUUUUUUUGUUGAAAAUUGUUAAAAAUUCCUGUGUUCUGCUGAAAUUGGCGAUGUCUUGAAAAUUAGCGGAAAAAAAGUCUCGCCUUGAGUUAAAUUUAUCGAAAUGUUUCGUCUUUUGUCGAAAAUUGCUUAUUUGCGCUUUUUUGCAAAAAUUCCAAAAUAUUACAGUUUUUUAAAAAAAAUAAAAAUUAAAUUGCCCAAAAAUCUCGUUUUUUUCAUCAAGUUGCUUGAAAGUAUGUCUUUUGCUAAAAUUGUCAAGAUCUUGCUUUUUCCCAAAGAUUAAGAAAUUGACUUUUACCAUUAAUAUUGAUAUCAUCAGAUUUAAUUUUUCCACGAUUAAAUAAUUUUAGAUUUUGAUUAUUAAUUCCAUCUCUUAUUUUAAUAAUAUUGAAUAUAAUUUUAUCAAAUGAUAUUAAUACUGGUUGAACGAAUUGCAAAAAGGUCUUGAUAUCUAUACUCGAUAAAAAUUUUAAUUUUUUCAAAAACUGCUGGAAAUGUUCACUUUAUCUCGCCGAAUUGACUAGAAAUUACCCAAAGCUUUCACUUUU